GUGGCUGUGUACUGUAGAGUGAGAGAGGAGGACAGGAUAAUGCAGGUGCUAAGGAUAUUAACACUGUCGGCGUUGGUCGCAGUGUGUUGGUGUGAAGAUGUCUCCACCGCCGCCCCCACUACCAACUCCAGCGUCCCCGUCCCCGACCCUGCCAAGACGACGUCCACUGACGACGCCGCCACCAACAGGACGCGGCGCUCUGACGUCAUCGGCCUCUUCAACUCCAAGCUGCACAAGAAGUUCUCGUUGUUGGGCUCCUUGAGUUCGCUCAGUUCCUCCCAUCCUCAUAUACCCGCAACUGCCCCAGACUGUCACAGCCAUACUCUAACUUAUGACCACAAAGCCUUCAGUUUGUGGAGUUUUAAGAAGGCAAUAUUCUCGACGCUGCUUCAGGCCAUCAAGGCCAUCACCGGAGGAGUGAUCGCCCUGAAGGGUCAGAUAAUCAAGGUGAAAGGUCACCUGAUAGCGGCCAAGGGCCACUUGCUGCAGACCAAGGGGGAGGCCAUCUCAGACUUCGGUCGCCACAUUGCCACCAAGGCGCUGCUCUCGCCAGUGCACGUCCCUCCGUCUGCCACUGGGCUCAGCGCUACUGGCAUAGGCAGUACUGGGUACGCCGCUCACAAACCCAUCUACGGGCCUCCUUCAGCUUCAGGUCCUGGGACAGGCUACGGAGCGCCACCUAAACCUGUGUACGGACCUCCUCCUUUCGCCAAACUACCUCCCUCGUCGUACGGCCCUCCGCCGGCGCCCUCCAGUAGCUACGGCGCUCCUUCUGCUCCGUCGGCGCCAGCACCGUCUCCUCCUACUAGUAAUUAUGGCGCGCCACCUCCCCCUGUGCCGUCUACUUCCUACGGUGUUCCUGUAGCCUCCGCCCCAGCACCUUCCGGAGGCGGCGACUACAGCGGCCCCCCGCCACCCUCUAGCUCAGGGUCCUCGAGUAUCUUCCUCCCCCCAUCUUUUCCGUCCUCUCCGGGCUUCAGCGCUCCCUCAACGGGGUAUGGCUCUCCUUACAAGAGAGACAUUAAAUUACCUGAAGGUGUUCAGGCCGGUCUGCUGGUCCUCAAGCCAAUCAAUUUGCCCGCCAGCUCCACCAUUGUCCAGGCACUAGACCCCAGACACAGAGUACGCAAACAGGCUCUGCCACCUACCAUCUAGUCAUCAGCCAGCACAUCAAUUAGUUAUCCAGAGACCUGUGACUACAAUAAGAGUCAGCCCUCGUCGACUGAUGGCUGUUCACUGUACAGUGUAUACAUCACAACAAUGACCUGACAGUUUACUCGGCUAUGUAAGCUUUACCAAAAACAACGACCAGGCAAUCACAGUGCAUACAACAACAAUGUGCGUUACUUGAUAGGGAGAGUAGUUGAUUAUUAAAAUUAUUUGGCAAACAACAUUGAGCUGAGCUGUAGUUUGUAUUGUGUGGUAGGAAAUGUUUCACGCAAUAACACCGAUUAUACACCGUUAUUGCAUUGCGUUAUUCGGUAAUUUAUACCAAUUCCAGUCUACUUCUAACAUCUGGAAUGGAAUAAGAUUUUAGAGGAUAUCAACUUUUUUCGAAUAUAUUAAUGCGAGAGUCAAUAAUUAUCUUGCCUCAUUGCUCGGUAAUGUUGACGUUAAAUGUUCAGCCAUGUUGUUAUGAAAAGGUAUUUUAAAGCGUGUUUCAUUAGUACCAAUAUCUAUAGAGGUCUAUCUCAUAGUUAUUUAUAUUAUGUGAAAUGUAAUUCAUUCUUUUUUCUAAUGUAAAGUCAUAAAACUCAUCUAUAAUCUAUAAUCAUCUAUAAUCCAUAAUCAAACAGACUGCCAUCAUAUCAAACUUAUUAAUUUGAACGUGAACUAUGAUUGCCAAAACCAUCUUCUGAAUACUUUUUUAUUUAAUAAUAGAUCAUAAAGAACGUAGCCCUAUAUUUUAGACCAGCAUUUGAAUGUAAAAACUUCAAAAACUACUUUAGUAUAAAUUGUAAACAUUAUCACAAACAUUAAUUGUAGCAUAAUCUAAUUACACCCUCAAAGCAAAAAUUUUCAGGUAAUAAGAUGAGGGUUUGACCAUACCUGGCAGGUGCUUAACAUAUAUUAGUUUUAGUUAAAGUCGAGCGAUAAGUUACAAAAUUUGACGUCAAAAUCACGAUGAUUCAAUAAAUAUUGGCUCGUUGACAUUUGUAAUCGGAAUUAAUUCUAUAUUUUUUAUCUUGAGUCCGCCAAACAGUUGAAACAGAACCAAUGACUUCUAAAGAGGUCUAUUUCACAGCCAAUGAUUUAAACAUAAUCUUUUCCAACUAAGUUUACCUUAGUAACGACAUUUUGCCAUCCCAGCAAAACAAAACAAGUUUCAUAAAACCGACAUUUAAACAAUACAAUAAUAUUAGCUUUGCCAAAACCUUAUAGCAGUAAGACUAUUUAUAUUUCUCGUAAGCAGGAAGCCAGAUUAGACAAGUAAGCUAGUUUACGAAAGCUGUAAAAUAAGCCUAUUAG